AGAAGGACCGCGUCCAGGUCUCUUCUCGCCCCCCGUCAAAUCCGCACCACCUCAAAGGCUUCGGGACUCUCCCCUCCCGUCCUACCCUCUACUGCGCAGGCGAUCCACCCUGGCUGGCGAUCUCCUUGCUGGAAUGGCUAAUUUCGCCAAGAACUUCCAGUCUCCGAGCAAGCAAGACAGUGAAAAGAAAUACCAGGGUACAUUGAUUGCUUCUCCAGCAAAGGCCAUUUCACCCAAGACGAUAAAAAAUAUCUUGCCAAGACAAUUGGUCUUGAGCAGGGAGUCAACAGGCCAGGUGGCAGCCUUUUUGGCAAAGGUCAUUGCUCUCGAGGUAGUGAGGAGGAUUUCUAAAGCAAGAUGUCCCUUUAUAUGGAAUUCCAUCCAAGCAUUGCAAGUUCUUGGAUAUCCUCCAUUUAGAUGGAUUCAGCGAUGGGCGCCACUCAAAUUUGUCGUGCAAGGCAUUCAGAAAUUAUCCACGCCACUGCUGUUUCUAUCUGUGACAUCAACACUAGGUGAUUUAUCGUCUAAGCAAGAUGAUGAACCUAGUAGCACUACAGGAGCUCCUGACCUGCCUUCUGAAUCACAUGAAACAGCGUCAACUUCUGAUACAAGGGAGGCCGCUGAUGGUGAUGGCACACAGGAUAUUGUUGUUUCUGAGAAUUGGCUGGUGCUACUUUUCAAGGAACUUGAAAACCAAGGCAUCACUUUGCCUGAGAGGUUCAGUGAGGAUGAACUACGCAGAUUUCACAUGGCAGCAAAUGGUGACUUUUCAAGGUUGCUCUCUUCAGUUAAGAAGACAAUCCGUUGGAGGGAAACUUUUCACAUACUUACAUUGCAAGAGCUUGAGAAAUGGUCCCAUUUGGUCUUUUGGCAUGGAUUUGACACUACGCUUCGGCCUUGUUUAGUAAUCCGCCUUGGACUCGCGUGCUCUAGUAUAGCCCCUCGUGAUAGGCCCCGUUUUGGGCAAGCAGUAGUUUCUCAAAUUGACCAUGGGAUUAUACAUUUGACCAAUGAAGAAGAUCCAAGAAUUACUGUUUUGCUGGAUUGCCAUGGGAUUUCUCCAUUCAGAUUUCCGAUGCAAAUGAUGAGGUCAUUUGUCACGAUAGUUCAGGAGAACUAUCCAAAUCGUCUGGGAGUAUUAUUUGUCGUCCGUCUUCCUCCAGUUGUCAGAGUUAUUGCACAGACUUUUAUUCAACUCCUGAACCAAUCCACAAAGCAGAAGCUGCGUUUCGAGGGUGAAUCAUACAAGAAGACAUUAGCCGAGUUCUUGCAGAUCGUGCCGGCUUUCCUUGGUGGUAAAUGCAACUGCGCGCGAUGCAAGAAGCCCCGUGAAGGUUCACUAAUCCAGGCAGGGGAGGGGAGCCAGAACAAGAGCCACCUCAGCACUGGCUCCGGAUCACCAAUCACAGACAUGGACUUCGAUGAGGAGCUAGAGCUUCCAUCCCCUUACACCUGCGAGAACGCGAUAAGGGCUGCAAUAAUAGGCCUGCUGAUGGUGUGGAUCUUCAUCGCGUUCCUCGCCGGGAUGAACGACCCUACACCUGUUUCUUAGCCUCCUGAAGCAUGUGACGGUUCAAAGAACUGCCUGUAGCGUAUGUUUGUUGCUAGAUGUUGUUUUUCGCGUCAGUUAUUCUUCAGCCGCUCAGCGUUUCUUCUGCAAACCGACGUAUAGUGGCGCAGCUUCAGUUUAUAUAGUGAAGAUGAAUAAAGCAGUAUUAUGGUUCACUCCAAUGUAAUUUUUAGGUUCUCUUUGUACCAGACUGCUACUACUACUACUUACUGUUGUUGUUAGGUGUUGUUUGGACUUCCUCCAUUACAAAAUGUAAUGCGCCCUUUAAUUUCGUUGGUCAACAGCAUACAACUUUGACUA